AUGACCGCCCGGGUGUCGGUCGGACGCGUGCUCAAAGACACCGGCCGCCAGUAUUGGGGUCGCACGGGGGUCGGCGGCCUCUCCAACGCCUACAGCGCCGAUUGGCGACCGCAGCGGCUCAUCUGGCUAGUGCUGUUCGCCAUCGGGCUGGUGAUGACGGUGAUGGACGUGGUGGACGUCAUCGAGGACUACUACGCCUUCCCGCACAGCACGCAGAUGGAGGUGGUGUACGACAGGUCGGCCAACUUCCCGGCAGUCACCGUCUGCAGCCAGAGCAAGAUCGACUGCCGCCGCCUGCUUAGCACCUCGCUGGGCGAACCCGACAACGGGCACAUCAGCAAACUCCUCAAGUCGUUUCGCUGUUUGGAUCCCAGUGGGCUGCAAUGUCCAUACAUAUGGACAAUAGUGGCUGGUACUGUAACGAGAAGCUGGCUAGCAGACAAGUCUGUUUCCUGCCUGGAAUGCGAACAGUGCGAAACGCUACAAGAACUGCUAGAAAUGCUUCGCCGAAAAGGUGGUGGAUCAGAGAUGGCCGAAGACCUUGAUUGGGUGUUUGGGUUUAUUGGAUGCAACACGACCUGCCCGCAGCCGAAAACGUUUACCGGUGGGGUACUGAGGUCAACAGGCGAUACCGACGGAACGGCAGCAUCGGCAGGCACGACGGACGAUGGAACGGCUGGAUCAACGGACACUGCCAAUGAUGGAACGGCUGGAUCAACGGACACUGCCAGUGAUGGAACGGCUGAAUCCAAAGACACUGCCAGUGAUGGAACGGCUGGAUCAACGGACACUGCCAAUGAUGGAACGGCUGGAUCAACGGACACUGCCAGUGAUGGCACGGCUGGAUCCAAAGACACUGCCAAUGAUGGCACGGCUGGAUCAACGGACACUGCCAGUGAUGGAACGGCUGGAUCAACGGACACUGCCAGUGAUGGAACGGCUGGAUCAACGGACACUGUCAGUGAUGGAACGGUUGGAUCAACAGACACUGCAGCUGGAUCAACAGACAACACCGAAAGUGGAACGGUGAAAUCAGCAGACACUGCGGACGGUGGGGCGGCUGGGUCAACAGACAACACCGAUGUUGUGGCACAAAAGCUGCGGAGGAAGCGAGCCGUCAUCGAAGCGGAGCUACAGGAUUCAAAUGAUCCAAGGUCUCGCGUGAGGAAGCUAGAUCCGGGUAAUUUCAAAGCGAGCAAGGCAUACGACGAAGACAUGCACAGAUUAAACGAGUUUAUGAUGCUGUCGGAAGCUAAAAGAAUAAGGAUUGGCAUAGCUUGGGAAGACUUCAUCAAAGAUUGUACUUACCUGGGCACGUCAUGCAAAGAUGAACUCCUGUUUCGAACCACAUCUUCAGCCGAGUACGGGAACUGUUUCACGUUCAACUCGAACGUGACGGAGACCUCCGACCCCUUGGCCGGGCAGCGUGUCACUGGUCUAACGGGACAGCAGUACAGCCUGGACCUGCUGUUGGACCUGAACCACCACACGUUCCCGCCGGUGACGGCCACGAAGGGGGCGCGCGUGCAGGUGCACCAGCCUGACCAGCAGCCGGAUGUCGAGGACAGUGGGCUCAGCGUGAUGCCCAACGUGGCCACCUCGAUCGCCAUCGAACAGUUGACGAUUCAAAGGCUGCCAUACCCAUACAAGUCCCAAUGCAUCACAGAGUGGACGGACGCAGAAUAUGUUCCCGUGCCACCCACUGAUGAGGACGUCAAAGAAAGCUACUCCACUACGCGCUGUCAGAAGAUGUGCCUGCAGAGUCUGUUUAUUGAGCGCUGCGACUGUCAGCACGCGAAAUAUCCGUCGCCCUUAACGUUCCGCAAACACGGGAAGCCGCUUUUGGAGAGAAUACGGCCCUGCCUGCUCACAGUCAAAGGGAACGACACCGAGUGCACCAACUCGAUCCAGCAGAAGUUUGACAACGGCGACGUCACCUGCCACUGUCCGUCGGCCUGCUUCGAGAGGUCCUUCAACACGUUCCAGUCGAUGGCCGAGUGGCCGCGGGACGUCUACCUGAUCGAGGCGGCCAGUCAGAUGGGUAUCGACAUCAGGGGACUGACACCCGAUAGCCGGAAAGAGCUGGCCUCCAACAUCCUCGAGAUUAAGGUGUUUUUUAAGACACUCAACACGGCGGCUCUCACCCAAUCCGAGUUUUAUACGUAUAGUUCCUUCUUCAGCAGCCUAGGAGGUGCCAUGUCACUUUACCUGGGCAUCUCCAUCAUAAUGGUGGCUGAAAUUCUCGAGUUCCUAUGCCUGCUGGUAUGGAACCUGAUACGCCUGGCCAGGGGAAGCUACGCCUCACCCGACGUAUUGGGGACCGGCGACAGAGCAAAGGUCGGUGAUGUCAAGAAAGUGGCGAUCCGUCCAGACGGUGUGGAAAUUACCUACAUCGGAGACACCCGGAUUCCAAUGACGAAACCGAUCUAUUCUGCUGCCACAUAG